GGGCUUUUAUCGGCGAAGUCCACCAAGAGGAGAUGGCUGAGCCGUCAGGAUCUCGGCACCACUCGCGGUACAAACUCGUGGGCUCGCCUCCUUGGAAAGAGGCUUUCAGGCAGGGAUGCCUGGAGAGAAUGAGAAACAGCCGGGACAGGCUCCUGACCAAGUACCGCCAGGCUGUAGGCAAUAUGCCAGGGAAAGCUCAGAAGACCUUUCUAGUGCAGGAGGUGAUGGAAGAGGAGUGGAAUGCUUUGCAAGCAGAGGAGAACUGUCCAGAGGCCUUGGUUCAGUUGGAGGAGCAGGUGAAUCUGGCUGUGCUGGAGGAAAUCCAACAGGAGCUGAUUGACCAAGAACAGUCCAUCAUCAGCAAGUAUGAGAAGAGCUUGCAGUUUGAUGAAAAGUGUCUCAGCAUCAUGCUAGCUGAGUGGGAAGCAAACCCCCUCAUCUGCCCUGUGUGUACAAAGUACAACCUGAGAAUAACAAGCGGUGUGGUCGUGUGUCAGUGUGGUCUGUACAUCCCAUCUCAUUCUCCAGAGUUGACAGAGCAGAAGCUUCGUGCCUGCUUAGAGAAUAGCAUAAAUGAGCACAGUGCACAUUGUUCCUACACACCUGAAUUUUCAGUCACUGAAGAAACAGAAGCAACAUCCAGUCUUCUCAUGAGCUGUCUGGCUUGUGAUACUUGGGCUGUGAUCCUCUAGAGCCAGCCUGGACUCACAUCAUUCUUCUCGGGUGACAGCAACUCAUUCUCUCUGAGAAAGGCCUUAUAUAUACAAAUCUUUAUAUUUUGCAUUAAAACUUUUCAAACAUC